AAAAAAACCAACCACCAACUCUAACGGAUCUGUCGUCAAUCUCGAGGCUGCUUCUUUCAUUGGGAAGGGAAGCAGAAACAAGCGAGUGGUGUCUGCUCAGCCUGAGGCCUGGAAGUGCAGUCAGGGAGAACGGAAAGAGACAUCAAGUUUCCUCCUUUCCUCCCCCUUGAAGGCCCACCUUGAGCACGCGUCAGCUCUAAGGGGAUGCACCAAGCACUAAGCAGAUGACCCUUCUGAAAAAGGAUGGCCAGCCCCAACCAGUUCUGUGAUAAGAUCACCCACGAUCACCUGGAGGACUUCCAAUUCCUUUGCAAAGGGGCCUUUGGAACCGUCUAUCGAGCUCGGCACCAGGGCUGGAGGAUCGAUGUUGCGGUGAAGAUUCUCACCCGCGAUACCUCCUGCACCCAAGAAGAACUCCUGAAUGAAGCUCGCGCCAUGGAUGCUGCCCGUUUCACCUACAUCCUGCGUCUCUUUGGCCUCUUUGUGGGCAAUGUGGAGGCGGAUGCCAAGGUGGCGAGAUUAGGAGGUGCCGCUUCCAGCCUGGGCCUAGUGAUGGAGUUCAUGGAGAACGGCAGCUUGACCUACCUGCGGAACCGGCAUCCUUCCAUACCCUGGGCCCUGCGACUCCGCAUUCUUUACCAAGUGGCGUUGGGGAUGAAUUUCCUGCAUAGCCUCAACCCGCCAUUGUUACACCUGGAUCUCAAACCGAGCAACGUCCUCCUGGAUGGGGAGCUGCAUGCCAAGGUGGCUGAUUUUGGACUUUCUAAAUUCAAACGAGGGACUACGCGACGCUCGAGUCUCAGCAAGGGCGAAGGAACUGGAUGUGCUGGGACCCUGGAAUAUAUGCCCCCUGAGGCCUUCACGGAUCUGAACUACAAGCCAACCCCAGGCACAGAUGUCUAUAGUUAUGGUAUCCUCAUGUGGUCAUUGUUAACUGGUGAGGACCCUUAUCCAUACAUCCCCCCGGGCAACCUGACAUCUCUCAUCAGGAUGCACAUCCCCCAGGGCCAAAGGCCAAAUACUGAGGAGCUGGAGGAGAAAAUCAAAGACGUGUGUAAACUGGAAGACCUGAUUGGGCUCAUGAAACGGUGCUGGCAUAAUGAAAAGGCCAAAAGGCCCCCCUUCCAAGACUGUAGCCAAGAAUUGGAGGAAGCCUAUUCCUGUUACAAACCACAGAUUAUUGCUGCCGUCCGUGAAGUCCAGGAUGUUUUGAUGCAGAUGGACAGUUCCUCUGCAAAGGAAACCAGGCCCCCUUUAGACCCGCUCCCAAAGGGAUCCAAUCCUGUCCGCAUGAGGCCCAAAAGCUGGCAGCCACAGGACUCGCUGGGCUUUUCCUCUGGACUAGAGGAGCGUUUUAAGACAAUGCAUGUGGAAGAAUCUCUGCCCAGACAGAAUGAGGCGAUGCCCACUUUUCUCAAACCAGACCAAGAAAGGAGAUCUUUCCUUCAACGCAGUCAGAGUGCCCGGAAUCAUGCCGUGGAGCCACACAAUGAAAUUCCUCAUCAUCCAGGGGUGAGUCUCCGGUCUCGGCCCAAUCUCACAGGAGGCAAACCACGACCCCUUUCUGACACGUUCACCAUCCCAAUGUUCCCACCCGGAUUCUCAGACUAUCCACCGUCCUUCAAUGCCUCGCACCCAGGGGAGGCUGGAUUAACAGCUUGGCAACAGUCCCACCUGCCCCACUUUUUCUACGGAACUCCUCAGAGACAUGGAGGAAUUCAUAUCUCUGGCCAUGACGUCAAAGGCAUCCAGAUUGGAAACUGUAACUCCAUGCAUCUUGAACUGAGUUCUGGAAGCAAACCCUAGAAGAAGCAAUAAUCCAUUCUCUCCCGCGCCCGUGGAGUGUGACUGAUUUAUGAACAAUUGCCUCCUCCCUGCUCUGAGGGCAUCUGUUCCAAUCCGCCACCUCCCUCACACACACACAAGCUCCAUCUGUCAUUUCACAUCCUCAUGAGAACUGGGUUGAAGAAUUGCUUUUCAGGAUGAGGACAAGAGAGGGCUGCAUUGCCAUCUGCAUCCGUCUGGUUCUUCUGAGGCAGUGGGGUCAACCCAUCUGGAGUCAUCCAAACAUCCAUGAUUCCAUAAGAACAGCCUUCCUGGAUCUUUCCCAUUGCACCAUCUCGCCCAGGGUCUGCCAGGGCUUGGGAAUGAAACACACAGGAACACAGGUCCCAAACCUGUGGAAUGCUUUGCCAUUUGUCUAUGGAGCAUGGAGACACCUUACAGAUCGGAGGCUGUUUUUAGUGGGAUUUGUUGAGAGGUUCAGUCAAAGUAUCUGGCCAGCUGUCCCUCCCAGGCUCCAUUCCAGAAAUAUGACAUGUCAUAAACAACCAACAGUCCUUAUAUCAUCUCACCUGGAACUUUUUCAAAUGGUGACUUUACUUUGGGAGGGUGUGUGUGUGUGAACAUAUCGGCCAUUUUUACUCCAAAGUCCAUGCAAUAUUUCAGAGAGCACUUCAUACACCAUUUGGAUUUUCCCUUCCAUAUCAGAACCUGGCCCAAUUUAUGUCCGGGGUAAAAAAAAAUCCUCUUUUUGCAUCAGAGUAUAUGUUAUGACCUGAAUUUGCGGUAAAGCCUGCUGUCUGAAAAAGUU